AUGGAGCAAAUCCGAACAUGGCUCAGGGGGAUCACCGGCGACAACUCCCCCUUUGCCGGGCUUCCCUUGGGUGGGAUAGCGCUCCACGUGAAUGUCGCCAACCCGGGAGCCAUCAACUACCCACCCUGCAACGAGUGGGGAAUCAUGGUAGGGACCCCGUCGAGCAGCCCUCCUCCGCGACCAAGGGCCCGGACCGGGAAGCAACCGGUGGCCGAGAGUGAGGAGGAGGACGACUCGGACGGGGAUUCCGAGGGGCCGGUGGGCGCCUCUGCUGGCUACAACGUCUCCCGCGAGGUCGCCGACACAUCGGGGGACGAGGGGUCCCGGGGUGCUGACAGCCCCGCGGAAGGGGACAGCGACGACAACGACGUCGUGCCCCUGUCCCGCCUGCCCGCCGCCAGCGGGGUAGAGGGGUCCAGUGAGCUCUCCACCGGCAACCUUGAGCAAGAAACUGCGCACAACCCCCGGCCCGAGCGGGGGAAGCCUCUAGGCCGGGACGGGGGGCGCGGCGACGGCGGCAGCAGUGGGUGGGGGCGGCGCCGCCCACACCGACCGGGAAGUGUUGCCGGGGUCGACCCGGCAAUAGACGAGGGCGGCCGCCAAGAGGUGACCGACGCAGAGGGAGGGGACACCGCGCAAGCCCCUCCUGCCGCCGCAACUGCGGGAGCGGGGGCCGCAGAACUCACCCCAGGGAGCACCGCGGCGGACGCGGGGGCCGCCCCUGAGGUGACGGUGGAGCAAGCCCCCAUCGGACAGAGCGGGGGAGGAGGCCACUAUAAGAGAACUCAUAUACUGUGA